AUGACGGUCAAAACAUUCAACCUUAAGCAUCCCAAGCUCGGGAACAUACUCGGCUGUGAUGGCGACGUGGUUUGUUUUCGAGGCAUUCCGUACGCCACCUUGAAGGACAGGCUGUCGGAGGCCCAAUUGAUCGAACAGUAUUCCGGACCUGGGCUAAAGAAAGAGCAAAAUUACAGCCCCGUGUCUCCAUCCCCUCCGGGUGCUUUUCAGCUGGAGAUGGUCUUAAUGCAGCAGUCCUGUCCUGAGCCACAGACAACCUCUUCCGAUAUGCACGCUUUGAACCUCAAUAUUUGGGUCCCAAAGAUCGAUGGGCAGCUUCCUGCAGAGAAUACUUUACCCAUCCUUGUCUGGGUUCACGGAGGCGGCUUCGUCAGCGGAGCUAAUUCCUGGCCUCAGUACGACAUGACGCGCCUCGUCAAAUUGUCAGUUGAGAAGAAAAUGCCCAUUAUAGGCGUAAGCAUCAAUUUUCGACUAGGGUUUCUGGGAAACUUGACAUCUGCUGCGCUGCGAUCUGCUGGAUACAAGCCCAAUAAUCAACUGAGGGAUCAACGGGUUGCCUUUGCUUGGGUACAGAAGCAUAUUGCGGGAUUCGGUGGGAUCCCAAGUGAAAUCACAGUGGCGGGCGAAAGCAGUGGUGCAGUGGCUACGGGCUUGCAUCUCCAAUCUCAAAAGCCUCUAUUCGCACGGGCUAUCAUGACCGGCGGAUCGCCUUUGCUGAUUCCACCUUCCAAUGCAGAACAUCAAGAGCGUGUGUACGAACAGGUGGUAGAAGCACUGGGCCUUCAAUCCGCCCCUCCCUCUGAGCAAAUCCAGACUUUGCUUACACUCCCAAUGGCCACGCUCGCUACGAAGCUCACGAAACCUCUGCCCUACAAGCCGAUGGUCGACCGCGAGCUGAUUCCGUUCCCGAUGACUUAUGCUAUGGUGGCUGAUAGGAAGUCGACCAAGAUCAGUGGCAAAGACUGGCUAAGGGGGUUGAUGGUGGGGGACUGCCAGUUUGAUGCCUCAAGCCUGGCCAUCUUUAUGGCACACAUCAAGGCUGGAAUCUCGACAACGUUCCCUGACCACCUCCGGAAGGCUUUUCCAACCAACGCCGCCGUUGAAGAGCUUCUAGAAAUAUACGGCUUUGGGUCGAAUACUAUUGACGACGAAUUGGGAUUCAGGAAGUUUCUGAAUUUUUUCAACGAUCUCGGCUACUAUGCUGCCACUGUUUCAUUCGCAAGAGGUUGGAGUCCGGAAUGCCAUGCUUUCUUCGUCAACGAGCGAAAUCCGUGGAAGGGGAUGUUUCAAGGCGAGGCCACCCACAUUAUGGACGCAAUUCUCUUGUUCCAAAACUUCAAUGAUGAUUUGCCUCCCGCGAUGAAGGAAGCAGCCACACAGUUGGCCGUGGAUGCCUUCACCUUCAUCGGCGGACGCCCUCCUUGGCCGAGUUGCAACGAUGAUACACAGUGCGCCAAGGUAUAUGGUCCAUCAUCGUGGGACACUCAUAUAAUACAGCCGUCAUCCAUGAUAGUCGAUGACGUGGUAUCGGAUAACACGGGCCGAAGACGUGAAAUGAUUGAUAUAGGGUCACUUAUUGGACUUGAUGAGCUUGGGUUAGCACUGGCUGCGUUUGUGGCUUCCUGA